GCCCCAUAUAGCAUGAAAGGAAUAAAAUAAAAUUUUACGCAAAAUAUUAUUAUAUGAAUGAUAGUAAUUGAUUCCAUAAUAAGAAGAAGAGCUCCUCGGCUGAAAUUCUCACUCUCCCUUUUCUCCAAAGAAAACGGCAUCAUCAGUAUAUGGAAGAUCUUGAAGAAGACGAAGAAGGCGAAGCAGAAGCAGAAGCAGAACAACAACAACAAGAAGAAUCUCUUCCCUUCAUUCCUUAAUUACAACAACAAGAUUCCAAAUAGACAUGGCCUAAAAUCGCCGAGCCCCCACAAUUAUAAAAAAAUCAAAAAUCUUUUUUGUUUGCGUAUGCACAAGAAGAAUCAAGAAUCUUGAAAAGGGGUGAGAGUCGGAGAGAGGGGUUUAAUUAUGGGGAAGGGUGAAUUUUCGAUUCGUCGGAGGAAGAAAGGGAAGUUGUCGUUGCCGGUGCCGGUUCCGGCGGUGGGGAAUGGGGAACCAUUGACUCCGGCAAAAGCGACGAAGAAGAAGGUGGGUGGGGCGAGGCUCUGGAUGAGAUUCGAUAGAGGGGGUCAAUCCGAGUUGAAUGAGUGGGAUAAGAAUGCUAUUAUUAAGCGUGCUGCUAUUCCUGCUAGGGAUUUGAGGAUUCUUGGACCCAUUUUCUCUCACUCCUCCAGCAUUCUUGCAAGGGAGAAGGCCAUGGUUGUCAAUUUGGAGUUUAUAAGAGCCAUAAUUACAGCUGAAGAGGUUUUGUUGCUUGAUCCUCUACGUCAAGAGGUUCUUCUGUUUGUGGAUCAACUGAGGCAACAACUUCCUCAUAAAAGUCUUUCAAAAGUUGAUGGCACUAACGCUGAACAAGACAAUGAAGGACACUUUCCAAAUUCUGGACGCUGGUUACCUGUUCCAGAAGCUGUUGAAGGUCUGCAGGCUGAGCUACCAUUUGAGUUUCAGGUGCUUGAGAUUGCAUUGGAGGUUGUUUGCACAUUCUUAGACUCUAGUGUAGCAGAUCUGGAAAGAGAUGCUUACCCAGUUCUGGAUGAACUGGCAAUGAAUGUUAGCACAAAGAAUCUUGAGCAAGUGAGAAGUUUGAAAAGCAAUCUUACCCGAUUACUUGCCAGAGUGCAGAAGGUUAGAGAUGAAAUAGAACACCUUUUAGAUGACAAUGAAGACAUGGCACAGUUGUACUUGACUAGGAAAUGGAUUCAGAAUCAGCAAACCGAGACUCUUUUGGGAACUAGUGUUUCAAAUAGCCUUGUUUCUGCUGCACCAAAUCUUCGUAGACUUAAUUCAGUCAGAAGCAGAAGUGGAAGUUUGGUGAGCAACCAUUUUAAUUACUAUGAUGUGGAGGAUCUGGAGAUGUUGCUUGAGGCCUACUUCAUGCAGUUGGAAGGCACUCGCAACAAGAUAUUAUCUGUCCGUGAGUACAUUGAUGACACAGAAGACUACGUCAAUAUCCAACUUGACAAUCAACGUAAUGAACUUAUUCAGCUGCAGUUGACAUUGACGAUUGCAUCAUUUGCUGUAGCUGUGGAGACGCUGGUAGCUGGUUGGUUUGGCAUGAAUAUACCUUGUACCCUAAACCACAAGCACGGGGUGUUUUGGCCCUUCGUAUUAUGCCUGACAGUAGGCUGCAUAAUGCUCUUCCUUGUUAUUCUAGGGUAUGCUAGGUGGAAGAAGUUGCUUGGAUCAUGAAAUCCUCAACAGGUUUACAAAUUGUAUUAAUACAAAUCAAUUCUACAGCUUAUUUUUGGUCCAAGCGAGGCAUAUGUUAUAUAUUUACUCAAAAGUGCUCUUGUUAUACUUGCCCCUUUUGCCAAUGUGAGUUGGUAGCAUCAACAACCCAAGACUUGUGAAGGGAAGGGACAACAGCAUACCCAGUACAAUUCGACAAGGAGGUCUGAAGAGGGUAGAGUGUACGUUGUGCCUAUGUAGUAUGUUUUCUAGUUUCACAUAUCUUCGCGCUAUAUUGUUUUCAGAUGUGCGGUGAACAAUUUAAAUCCACAAUACAACAGGGUUUACCAAUAGCUAUUCUGUUGGAGCCCUCGUUUUCACUAGUAUUUCAGACUUUCGACCCCCCCCCCCCCCCCCUAAAUGUAAUUACUACUACUAAUAGUAUCUAGGUAAGACAUUGGAGGUAAGACUUAUUUUGAGGAACUUACAAGUGUAGCAAGCAAUUUUUCUGUAUUGAUACUUCUAGCAAAGAUGAAGUGGUUUCUUUA